UUCUGGUCCUACAUGCGCAGUAGGACGUGUCUUCUACGUGCCCCUGGCCCUAUGUCAAGCUACAAAUGGCUACAAGAAGUGACCUUGAUGCUCUGGUGGUCCAGGUGGAAGGAUUGGAUCUAGAGGAGAACAAAGCUGGCGCAGGGGCUUAUGGCUGUGUCUUUAGAGUGACGGUGAAUGGAAGACACUGCAUUGCUAAGAAGAUACAUAACGUAUUGCUCCAAGAGCGAUCCCUUGGACAGAGGGAGAGCAUUGUAACAAAGUUCAGAAAUGAAUGUCAUAUUAUGAGUGUUUUACAUCACCCCAACAUAGUUAGUUUUGUUGGAGUCCAUUACGGCCGCGAUAAGAAUGACAUCAGUCUAAUAAUGGAGAGGCUUCAUUCCGACUUGGCCAAAUUUAUUGAAACCCAUCGAAACACGAAUAUCGCCACUAUAAUCCAUAUCCUGUAUGAUAUAUCCAAGGGCCUUCACUAUCUUCACUCUCUGACUCCUCCCCUCAUCCAUCGUGACCUCACUGCUCCCAAUAUCCUGCUCACUGAGGACCUCACUGCCAAGAUCGGAGACCUGGGUGUGUCCAGAUAUCUGGACCAGAGAUUGAAUCUUGUUUUGACUGCUACCCCAGGAAAUCCAACCUACAUGCCUCCCGAGUGUCACGGGGAACGGCCCAUCUACACUACCAAGCUGGACAUCUUCUCAUUCGGUCAUCUCAUCAUUCACACUGUUAUCGGUGAUUUCCCUAAAGUCUGCAAUGUACCUCAUAGUUUUCGCAACUCUAGGAGGGGAAAGGAAGAGCUCAUGUGUCGAAGCACUGCUGUCCAUGGGGACAAAAUGGGGAAGAAACACGCUCUUUAUCCUCUUGUUGUUCGCUGCCUCCAUGACCGACCUCAACGGAGACCAUCAGUUGAUGAAGUGAUUGUCUCACUCAGAAAGUUGUGUCUACAGCACCCCAGGAUGGCAUUUCUGGAUGCUUGUAGGACGGGUAACGUGGGUGUGGUUCUGGAGUUACUGGAGUGUGGGGCUGAUCCCAACCAGGCAGACAAGGAUAGUUGGACUGCUGUUUACUGGGCCAGUAACAAUGGACAUGAUGAGAUAGUGAGGGUCCUCUUAGCAGCCAAAGCUACAGUCAACACUCAGACCAAGGAUGGAACCACUGCGUUGUAUGUAGCUGCUCAGAAUGGUCAUGUGAGAGCAGUGAAAGUUUUAAUUGCAGCGAAGGCUCAAGUUAACAUUCAACAAAAGAAUGGAGCCACAGCAUUGUACAUUGCCAGUAAGGAGGGUCACUAUAGAGUUGUUAGAAUGUUGUUGGAGGCCAAAGCUGACGUCAACAUCAAGACUAAUAACAACCAGACCGCUCUGUAUGCAGCCAGUGGGAAUGGACAUGAUGAGAUAGUGAGGGUCCUCUUAGGAGCCAAGGCUAUAGUUAACACCCAGACCAAGUGUGGAAAGACCCCUCUUUGGAUAGCCAGUUUUGAUGGUCACCAGAAAUGUAUGGAGCUCCUAAUCGAUGCUGGGGCCAAUGUUAAUGUACCUAAUGAGAUUGGAACCACUGCGUUGUAUGUAGCUUCUCAGAAUGGUCAUGUGAGGGCAGUACAAUUGUUGAUUGCUGAAAAAGCUAAAGUUGACAUUCAACAAAAGAAUGGAGCCACAGCAUUGUACAUUGCCAGUAAGGAGGGUCACUAUAGAGUUGUUAGAAUGUUGUUGGAGGCCAAAGCUGACGUCAACAUCAAGACUAAUAACAACCAGACCGCUCUGUAUGCAGCCAGUGGGAAUGGACAUGAUGAGAUAGUGAGGGUCCUCUUAGGAGCCAAGGCUAUAGUUAACACCCAGACCAAGUGUGGAAAGACCCCUCUUUGGAUAGCCAGUUUUGAUGGUCACCAGAAAUGUAUGGAGCUCCUAAUCGAUGCUGGGGCCAAUGUUGAUGUACCUAAUGAGAUUGGAACCACUGCGUUGUAUGUAGCUUCUCAGAAUGGUCAUGUGAGGGCAGUAGAAUUGUUGAUUGCUGAAAAAGCUAAAGUUAACAUUCAACAAAAGGAUGGAACCACUGUGUUGUAUGUAGCUGCUUAUAAUGGUCAUGUGAGGGCAGUGGAAUUGUUGAUUGCUGAAAAGGCUAGGGUUGACAUUCAAAAUAAGGAUGGUUGGACGGCAUUGCACAUUGCCAGUCACCAGGGUCACUGUGGAGUUGUUAGAAUGUUGUUAAAGGCAAAGGCUGGCGUCAACAUCAAGACUAAUGACAACCAGACAGCUCUGUAUGCAGCCAGUGAGAAUGGACAUGAUGAGAUAGUGAGGGUCCUCUUAGCAGCCAAGCCUACUGUCAAUACUCAGACCAAGUCGGGAAAGACCCCUCUUUGGACAGCCAGUUUCAGUGGUCACCAAAAAUGUAUGGAGCUCCUAAUCGAUGCUGGGGCCAAUGUUGAUGUACCCGAAGAGUCGGGAAAGACCCCUCUUUGGACAGCCAGUUUCAAUGGUCACCAGAAAUGUAUGGAGCUCCUAAUCGAUGCUGGGGCCAAUGUUGAUGUACCCGAAGAGAAUUAUGGAGCCACUGCGUUGCAUGUAGCUGCUCAGAAUGGUCAUGUGAGGGCAGUGAAAUUGUUGAUUGCUGAAAAGGCUCAAGUUGACAUUCAACAAAAGAAUGGUUGGACGGCAUUGCAUACUGCCAAGGGUCACUGUGAAGUUGUUACAAUGUUGUUGGAGGCCAAGGCUGACGUCAAUAUCAAGACUAAUUCGGGAGUGACCCCUCUUUGGACAGCCAGUUUCAAUGGUCACCAGAAAUGUAUGGAGCUCCUAAUCGAUGCUGGGGCCAAUGUUGAUGUACCCAAUGAGAAUGGUUGGACGGCAUUGUACAUGGCCAGUAAGAAUGGUCACUGUGGAGUUGUUAGAAUGUUGUUGGAGGCCAAGGCUGAUGUCAAUAUCAAGACUAAUGACAACCAGACAGCUCUGUAUAUAGCCAGUAGGAAUGGACAUGACGAGAUUGUAAAGGUUAUCUCUGCCAAGGCUACAGUCAACACUCAGAACAUGUCGGGAGAGACCCCUCUUUGGGCAGCCAGUUUCGAUGGUCACCAGAAAUCUUCAGGCGAGUUCUCUACUGGAAGGAAUGAAGAGUCAACAAUUAGGAAACGCAAUAGCACCGAAUCCAAACCAUCACCAGGUUUUAUUGAUAUUUUUGAGCUAUUUCUGUAUAACGUAGUGUUGUGCAGUAGAAUAUUAAUGGUGUUGUUUAGCUUGCUCUCUAGCUGUACAAUACCGUUUGAAUCACAGGUCACAUUGGAGAAUCUUUUUUAGAAGUCACCAAUAAAUCUCAAGAGUUCAGCAAGUUUGGAUUUAAAAUUAAAUUCCCAGAGAAUUGCCUACCUAAAGGAAUCAAUAUGUGUGUCCUACACAUAUCCUUUGACUUAGCCACUGACUUCGAGAUUCCCAC